UACCGGCCCACCCAUCUCCAUUGCACCUGCUAUACCGGCCCACCCGUCUCCAUUGCACCUGCUAUACCGGCCCACUCGUCUCAAUUGCACCCUAUUCUCCGGCCCCCUCGUCUUCAUUGCACCUUAUGUACCGGCCCACUCGUCUCCAUUGCACCUCAUUUACUGGCCCACUCGUCUCCAUCACACCCCAGUUCCCCAGCCCACUCGUCUAUAUUGCACUCCAUUCCUCCGGCCCACUCAUCUAUCACACACUGGAUUCACUACUACUAUUCAUAAUUUCCUAUAUAGUACAUUGCUAUACUACCAUCUAUACUAUAUACACCCGGCCCAUCCGUUUGCCUUGGACACUCCACCCCCUCGGCCCACUCGUCUAACACGGUACAAUUAUUGCCAUGGGCCGGCACCGGGUGGCCCGUCUCUAUUGGUACAUUGUCACGCCCGGCUGCCCGUCUGAGACGGGUGAAUUCACUGAAGGGGCUCCUCGUGAGGGCAUGUUUCGUGCGCUUGUGAUUUUGCUUGAAGGAGACGUUCGGUUCUCUACCGAUUUUCUGUUUGUCCUUCGCGACACUUUGCCAGCCACGGUCGUUUUAGGUUGUGACUGGUAUGCUUUUUGUCGUGAUAUUCUGCACACUCAUCCAGAAGUGUGGCUUCCGUCAUCUGCCCAAGCAGGUUGUUUGUCGGCAGAUAUUGUUAUUGCUCAGGAUAUGGUUCGACAACAAAUAGUCCAUGAGCUGAUGAUUAUCUUGUUGGAUAAGGAAGAUUCCGAGAUGACUGUCAAUGAAAUCGCGAUGGAUCAUGCGUUGGAUAUAAGUGUUGGUCAUGUGUUGGGAUCCUUGGGAACUGGAGGACAUGCAUGUGCAGUUAUUGCCCAAGGUUUUACACAAGUUUCGUCAUUGAUGGAAUAUAUGCUUGGAAUUGUGGCUUCUUCGCAUGUUAAAAAAUUGACAAAGCCGUUGUUGAGGAAUAUUCUCGAAAUUCUCAAAGUCCCUGGUGUUUCAGUUCAUGCUCGUCGAGAUGCAAUGGUCCCUGCGUUGACACAACACUGUCGAGGAUUUGAGGGCUUGUCUCAGUAUGAUGGGGAUGAUGGUCUUGCCUCCUUGCGACGGAAAUUGAAAAGUUAUGUGUCUCGACUUGAAAAGGGGAAGCAAUGUGAAGACAAUGAUGUUGGUCGAGAUUUGUCUUAUCAACGGCGUGAAGUGCUCAAAGACAAAGUUCGUCGAGCUUGGCCUCGCAAGAUCGGUGAAGAUAUUAAAGAACGUGUCAGGCAGAUGUUUUCGAGAGCAGAUAUCUUCUGA